CUGCCGAAGGGAAAAGUAGACAGUCAGAGGGGGACGAUCCCCCAGACCCACCGGUGUCCCCUCAACCCGAUGGUGAGCAGAGCAGGAGCCAGAGCCCAAUCCAGCUGGAGGCUGGAGUGAAAUCCUAAUCCAUGUAGGAGAGUGGUCGCCCGUGGUCACAGUUUAAUGGCCUGCGUGGAGUUCAGAGAAGCACAAAUGCAUGUGACGAGCUUCUUUCUGGGGCAGCACCACCCAGAGCCUUGGUCUCCAGGAUGUUAGUUUCAUAGGUCCUUCUGGUAUUUGGGGCCUCCCACCCACGACCUGGGAGCUUCGGUUCCCUGAGCCCUCAGCCCCGGCCUCGCCGUACCCCCUGCCCUGAGCCACUAGCCCGAUGAACAGCACCAGGAGGGACUGCACCUCUGAGAGCAGAAGCCAAAAGUCCUGUGCAUUCGACAGUGUGCCAGGAACCGGGACGCGGCCCCUCCUCCCUGAGGACUCCCCCGAGGCAGGCGGGGAGCGGGAGGAGGCGCAGGAGCGGGAGGAGGAGCAGGCCUUCCUGGUCAGCCUCUACAAGUUCAUGAAGGAGCGACACACGCCCAUCGAGAGGGUGCCCCAUCUUGGCUUCAAGCAGAUUAACCUGUGGAAGAUCUACAAGGCCGUGGAGAAGCUGGGGGCCUACGAGAUGGUGACCGGCCGCCGCCUCUGGAAGAACGUGUAUGACGAGCUGGGGGGCAGCCCAGGCAGCACCAGUGCGGCCACGUGCACUCGGCGCCACUACGAGAGGCUGGUCCUCCCAUACGUGCGGCACCUGAAGGGGGAGGAUGACAAGCCGCUGCCCCCCUCCAAGCCCAGGAAGCAAUACAAGAUGGCCAAGGAGCCUCGAGGGGACGACGGGGCCACCGAGAGGCUGAAGGCCAAGGAGGAGCAGCUGGGCCAGGUGAGCCCCGAGCCCCAGGGCCACCAGAUGAUGCCAGGAAGGACCAAGAUCGACCCCAUCGACCUGGUGAGGCCCCCCAGCCAGGAGCCACCCCAGGACAGAACCGAACAACCAGGCCCAGCUCCCGGGUCCUCUCUGCCCUUCGUGGGUGCCAGCGGCUGCCCUGAGGCCUACAAGCGGCUCCUGUCCAGUUUUUACUGCAAAGAGACACAUGGCAUCAUGUCACCACUGGCCAAAAAGAAGCUCCUGGCCCAGGUGAGCAAGGCAGAAGCCUUGCAGUGCCAGGAGGAGAGCUGUCGCCACGGGGCAGGUAGCCCUAAUGGGGAACCCCAGGCGUCCCCGGCUGCUCGCCCCCCAGAGAGUCCCCGGAGCCCAGGAGGGUCACCUGAGAACCACAGGCACCAGCUGGCCCCUCAGGAGGGGUCACAGGGCCCUGGUGGCAGCCUCGGGGAGGAGGCUCAGGCAGGCCCCCACCCGCCAGCCCCCACCUUCACUGGCUGUUUCCAUGCCUACCCCACCAAGGUGCUCAAGCCCAUCAGCCAGCACCCCCGGGACUUCUUUCCCCAUCUCAAAGAUGGGGUGCUCUGGGGAUCCCCUGGAAAAGAGGAGGGGCUGCCAGUCAAAGAGUCGGCGCUGGUGUGGGGUGGGGAUGUCAACCGUCCCUCUGCAUUCCACAGAGGGGGCUCCAGAAAAGGCAGCCUCUGCCCCAGGCCCAAAGCCUGCUGGGUGUCCCCCAUGGCCAAGGUUCCUGCUGAGAGCCCCGUGCCCCUGCCCGCUUUCCCUGGCAGCUCAGGCCUCAGCAAGCGCAGCCGAGAGGAAGAGGGGUUUGUCCCUAGUGGCAAAAAACUGCAGGCAGUGCCUCCCUUUCUCAAGGAGGCGGAUGCCAAGGAGUGUGGGGCCAAGUCUGUGGGGCCUGGCGUGGCCGUCUCCUGCUUGCUGGGCCCAGCCCUGGGGCCUGCCCUCCCAGAGGCCUACAGGGGCACCAUGAUGCGCUGCCCACUGAACUUCACUGGCACCCCGGACCCCUUAAAGGGCCAGGCUACGUUCCCCUUCAGCCCCCUGGUCAUCCCAGCCUUCCCGGCUCACUUCCUGGCCACUACAGCCCCCUCACCCAUGGCCGCUGGCCUUAUGCACUUCCCCCCAGCAUCCUUCGACAGCACCCUCCGCCACAGACAUUGCCCAGCCUCAUCGGCAUGGCACGUGCCACCUGCCACAACCUAUGCAGCACCCCACUUCUCUUUCCACCUUAAUACCAAGCUCUAGGUUGGAGCCACGGCUCUGCACUAUGCUGUGGAGAGUCUGAUGCAGCCUGAGAUGGCGGCACUGCCAGGGGGCUUUGGGCUGGAAGCUCAUUCCUCAGGAGAGCUUGGCUGUGCCCAAUGCAAGAACGGGCCCAUGGGGGGCAGCCUGGCUCAGAGGGUGGCAGUGGGGUUUGUCUCGGUAGCCUGGGAGCUGGGGUCCAGUUGUAGGAAGGCCUUAGGAGAAGCUGGUGCAGGGCAGGGCUGGCAGCACCCAGCUGGGCCCCAGAGCGGAGGCCAGGAACGGGGUGAGGGGCUGAGAAGCCAGCUAGUAGCUUGAGGCAUCCAGAUACCCACAAAAAACCCAAUAAAAUGCCGUGUGAAUCCAC